GGAUAUCCCCGGUGCCUGGCUUCAUAAUAAUUAUUGGCCUCCACGCCGGCCGGGAAGCCGAAUGGUCCGCGCGAAGACGGAACUCGUUUUGCUUCUACCACUACUAGUACUAGUUCUACAGCCGAGCGGUAAUGCAGUGGACGAACACGAUCGAUGUUUCGGACGUAGAUUCUACGUGGUUGCGGUCCUAGUUGCGGAGGUACUACCCUACGUUGUCCCAGCCUCUUCCUGGAAAAGGUGCGCUAACUCUCUGCUUCACCGCCUCCAAGAUUUGGAGUAGAAAGCAUGCAACAGACGCGGUUUGUACCACUGGUGUCUCUUAUCUGCAUUGCUACUGUAAUGUUCAUCUUCUGGACAUCACGAGUCCUCUCGAAAUGUUCGCAGCGCUCAACGCUCGCGAUGGUCAGAGAGCGAAGCAAAGUAAGAGAACAGCGCAUUGCCGCCGAGGAGACUGUGUCUGAUUCACUGGAAGAAUCGCCAUGCUUCUCAGUUUGGGAGCUUCUUAACUCCGAGUAUGAGCUGAUGCACAUUCCAUCUUUUUCCUAUGAUGAGAGUAUCUACAUAUUCAGUACAGCUAUGUCAGUUAGGGAGCAGAGCGUGUACAUUAUGCUUCCAAAUACAGCAGCAGAGCAGUGGCCAAUGAAACAUAAUUUCAAAAGUCAAUUUUCAUGCAGCUUUGGGUCCGAGGCUGUGUCUCAAGAACACAACUACACUCCAGCUCAAAGAGUGGAUGAAGUUGAUGGGCAUUACUAUGUGCUGAUUUGUAGGAUUCCGCAGCCUCUCUUGGAAUGCGUUAUCCAGCGAAGCGGUGUGCAGCAGGCUUCGAAAACAUACAUGGCAAUGUGCCUGAUCGUCAAUCUUCAUAUCCAAUCAAAUGUCUCAGAGAAAGAGCAACGCGUUCCACCACUGAUAGCCAGAUUUAAAGUCUGCCAGCCAAAACAGCACCGUCGGGAUUAUUUAGCACUUUGUGCGCAGCCGAUAACAUCUAGGGUGAGUUGUGUCAAGUCAACUGUCAGCCCUAUGUCAUACUUCACAUUUGGUGAUUUUAUCCUUUCCAUGCACAACGUGAUAAGAACACUGAAUGUAAGUUGUAAGUUACAUGUUGUUGUUCACGUGCAACAGGUUUUUAAACGUCUUUACACUCAUGCCACGUAUGGUGUCAAGCACCGACGCUAGCUGACCUUCGACCAGUCUCCCCAGCCAGGUACA